CUCGGUCAUAUUUGAUUGACAGCUAUGCUUGCGUGUGCACCACGUGCGCAAUGACCGUAUGACCGCCAGACCCCAGUACUCUUAUUUCGCUCGCCGUCAGAAAGGCGCCCCCAACAUGCUGCUUUUCCAGCAGGUCUGUCUUUCCCUCGGGACGCAGUGACAUGAGAGCAGGACCUCGGUUCUGAUUAAGAAGGGGGAUGAACAACACUCCGCCUGGAUUACGGUUGCUCAGGCCUCCGACGGUGAUAGGCCAGUUCCACACGCUGUUUUUCGGCUCUGUGCGUACGUUUUUCCUUGGAGUCCUUGGAUUCGCCGUCUAUGGAAAUGAGGCCCUCCACUUCAGCUGUGAUCCGGACAAAAGGGAAUUAAACCUUUACUGUUACAACCAGUUCAGGCCUAUAACACCUCAGGUAUUCUGGGCGUUGCAGCUAGUCUCUGUCUUGGUACCUGGAGCUGUAUUCCAUCUUUAUGCUGCCUGUAAAAAUAUAGACCAGGAGGAGAUCCUUCAGCGGCCGAUGUCCACAGUCUUCUACAUCAUCUCUGUCCUGUUGAGAAUAAUUCUGGAAGUCUUAGCAUUUUGGCUUCAGAGCCACCUCUUUGGGUUCCUGGUUGAUCCUAUUUAUAUGUGCGAUGCCAGUGCCCUCGCGAAGAUCUUCAGCAUCUCGAAGUGUAUGGUCCCUGAACACUUCGAGAAGACUAUCUUCCUCAGUGCGAUGUACACCUUUACCAUCAUCACCAUACUCCUCUGUAUCGCUGAGAUUUUUGAGAUUCUGUUCCGAAGACUUGGCUAUUUAAACCAGCCAGUGUCUUGAGAAUUUAGAAAACAUUGUUUGUUUUUAUGUCUUCUAUGGGUCUCUGAAUGACAGACAGGACAUAAACCCACAUACCUCUGGACUUUCUGAUGGUAGACACAGAAAGACAUGUUUUUAACUGGACAAUUUAUUAUUCCUUUUCUGGAAAACACAAAACAAGCCUAAUUAAUAAUGACAAGGGACUCAUUAAUAUUUUUAGUUAUAAGCCUAACAUAUUUAAGCCUAAAUAAGUCACCUCUCUAGCAGGGGAAUCUUAAAUAUAUAUAUUUUUCAUAUAUUAACUUAUGUAAGCUAAUCUAAACCCACAUAAGUAUUUAGUAAGUAAUUAUUCUCUCUCUAAUAUUAUUUUCAUAUUUAGUUUUAUACUUUAUAUUGAAGUACUACACAAAUUGCGAGUACUUUUUUGACAAAUAUUUAAAUUUCAACAAUGAUUCAUUCUUCUUAAAAGGGAAUAAGGAAGAAUAAGUACAUGCAACAUAGCAUCAAUUUCUAAAAGCAUUUUUAAUUGGUCACUGGUACUGCACAACUUAGUCACAAUUACACACAUUGAUAGUAUAUUAAUCAUGGUGUUGAUUUCCAUAUAGUUUUGAGUCCAUUUGAGAAU